CGUCGAUCGCUGGUGGAUGGCACUGCCGGCUGGAAGUUGACUGCUUGUUGGUGAUAGUUGUUGACUAGCCGUGGAUCGCGCCGGUAUUCAGGGCUUCUCCCCAAGUUCCAAUACCAAUAUUCGGUGGAGAGUUCACCGUAGUUGUCGUUGUCUCUGCCGAUACUACUGAUACAGUUGUUUUUCCAAUGUGGACACGGUUGGCGUAUUGUUAUGCGAGCUUGACAUUGUUAAAUAGUGGGUGAUGCACCGUUUCGUGCGUACCGCGUGAUCGGAAAUCGAGGGCAGUGGUGAAUUUAAACUACGCGCAGUGUGAAGUUCAGUGAAGAGAAGUUCGAUGCACUUUGUUUACGUGAUCCUUUAUAACAUGUGUUUGAGAAAUAACCAAUCAACAAGAAGUGUAGAAGAACCGAAGGAAAAGUGCAUAUUAAAUGUCCGUCUAUGAAUGAUUGAAUAUUAAUCAACUUACAGGAAGUGUCGUCGACAAAUAAAAAAACAAAGAUCAUGGAAAUCGUGACUUUCAAUGCGGCUAGGCAAGAUUUGCUACUGAAAUGUGGUGAACCGAAGCCGAAGCAACAAGUGCACACCAAUGGGACGCUGCGAUCAAUAAAGCAGCGAAGAAAUGCGAAACUGAUCCAGCAACAACAACUGCAGCAACAAGUUCAGAAAGUUCCCAAUCGCAUCGUGGUGAGUGCGGAGAUAAAUUAUGAUAAAUCAGCCAGUUCGCGCGAUAGUGAUAGUAAUAAUAACAAUAACGAUAGCAGUAUUGCAGUCGUCAAAUGUAAUGGCAGUGCUAUUAGGCUGGGUGGUGCAGCGACUGGUAAAAGUGGUUCCCUUCGGUCGGUUGGCGUCUCCAGUGGGAAACCGGUCAACCUGACGCUAUCGAAAAUGUCUCUACUGUGGAACACGAGCGGUUGGAUACGGGUCUACUGCGGUCCGGAUAGAAGUGAUGUAAGCUGCGAAGAUCCGAGCCGGAUGGUGCAUGUAAUCACGACUGCGACCACGCUGGAUGUGGUAAAAGAUAUGGACCUACCAAUGGAGUACACGUUGUGGGUUCAAAUUGGUGGCUCCAAAACUCGUCGACUCGAAGAAAACGAAUAUCCACUUUUGGUUCAGGAAGAAUUCCUCAAAUCUCUCGGAUAUCAGGAUGAGUCCCGACGGGCUCGACUGGGCAUCGAUCCGGAAUUGAAACAUUUGAUACGCUUUCAUAUCGGUCCUUCGGAGAUUCCUAUGUGCAAAGGUGUCUUGCGUUCCGGUUCCGUAGAGAUUCUCAAGGGAUUGGUGUUUCCCCAGUGGAGAAGGCGCUAUUUGUCGAUAAUUGGAAGCAAAUUAGUUGUCUUCCCAGCUGGUUCGUCAAUGACUCCGGAAGUAUACGAAUUGUCGGGAGCGGACAUCUACGAACACACACCCGGUUACAACCGACUGAUCAUAAAAAUAGUGCCAAAGCCAAUCGAUAAUAGUAGUGGAAUAAGUGCAAAGGAAAACUUGAAUAGGUUCAUGGACAGUACCAGUACGACUCAUCUCUACAAUAGUGCUGCCAGUGUCAACUCACUCAACGACCGCGAGACAGUGUUGUUUUUGGGCUUCGAAGAAUCCUGGGAACGUGAUCAGUGGAGUGACUGGCUGUCUGAGAUUAAACAGGAAUGCAGUGAAGAUGAUGAAAAAACAUUGGAUUUGGGCAGCUCCGGAUUGCAGCAAAUUCCCGAAAUAUUUCUACAGUCAUGUACCACCGUAGAGGAGUUAUUGGCAGGAAGGAAUAGAUUGCAAGAGUUGGCACUAAGAGCGCUAGGUGAAUUUGUGAUGCUGAAAGUUUUGCGGUUAAACGGAAAUGCGCUGAAAAAUUUCCCCGACAGUCUGUACAAUCUGAAAAAUUUGAGGAUCUUGGACCUGGAGGAGAAUGAGAUACGUAAGCUGCCGGAGAAGAUAGCACUUCUAGCGAGCUUGGAGGAGCUGAUACUGGAGAAAAAUGAGCUACAAGAACUACCCAACUGUUUGCAAAACCUGAUGAAUUUGAAAAGUUUGAAUGUAGCCUAUAAUCAGCUGGAUCGUUUGCCAGACUUCAUGGUGAAUAGUACUAACAUGCGACCUGCGGGGUUAUUUCAAAGGAAUGACUCCCUUAGAAAUGGUCGCCUUAAUGGUUCGCUGGAUAAGGACGAUGAGAAAAUCGAUUUGCCUCUAACCAAAGUUAAUCUGAGAGGGAACCAACUGAAGGGAAGCAUCAUUCUGGGAAACUAUGGACUUCUCACGCAGUUGGAUGUUAGUGAGAAUUCGAUUGAGAUCAUGGAUCUAUCUGCACUGGAUAAACUGGAAACUAUACAAUGCUGUAGGAACAACUUAAAGGAGCUAACACUGAAUGGAAGGCAUUUACACUCAUUGAUUGCUGGAAACAACAAUCUGACGAAAAUCAUGGUUCGAGCAACCCCAACAAAUCUCAAGCACAUCGAUAUCAGUUUCAACAGUCUCAGAGAGCUUCCAGAUUGGCUUGUAGGUUGUCACCAACUUCGUACGCUGUACGCCAACAAUAACCAACUACACGUAAUAUCAGAACAUCUGCUCAACAACGAACAUGCAACGAUACUUACACUGCACCUGGCUUACAACAAUCUAACCACCUUUCCUCCGAUGGUCAAGCGUAAGCUUCCACUCCAAAAAUUGUACCUGCAAUGUAAUUACAUCGAAGACCUCCCGGAGAACUUUUUCAUCGCGUGCGAACGGCUCACAAUACUCAACAUUUCCAGCAAUAAACUGAUGACCUUGCCCAUUAUUUUCGGAACAAACUGUAAUCUCGAACGACUCUACGCAACUAAUAACAAUCUCACGGAUCGAGUGCUUGACUCACUCAUUUGUCUGACUCGAUUAAAAGUGCUUCAUAUUGGAUACAACCACCUAACCACUCUACCCGAAACCUGCAUAACCUGUUGGGGCGAACUGGAAGAGUUGGUGAUAUCAGGUAACAGAUUGAGGCAUCUACCAGAGAAUCUGACUAAUUUACGAAGCCUUCGGGUAUUGCGGGUUCAUUCGAACCAACUUCAAUCGGUUCCACCAUUAGCCAAGAAUCUCAGCCUACGUGUGUUAGAUCUUGCACAUAACCAGCUUGAUAAAAUUAAUAUGGUAUCACUCGUAUCGAAGCACUUACAAUUCCUGGACCUAUCCAGCAACACACAACUGCAGGUUGAUCCUCAUCAGCUCCAAGCAUGCCGAUCGCAACGACCCAUGAGUUUGGUGGAUGUUUCUGGUAAAAAUAGACCGUCCCUUCCGACUGCGCCGUGGCCAUAUCAGGAGAACGAAGAGUUCGAACCAUGCUGGAAGGUUGGCUUUGCAGAAACUCCUGGCUGUCUGCCGAAGCUUUACAUCUCUCAGUUACGAUUGCCAGGAUUUUGCAAUUCGGAGGGACUAUUUGGUAUGUUUGAUGGAGAGGUCAACAUUUCUAUUCCCAAUGUGCUUGUGAAAACGAUUCCGAAAAUAUUGCUCGAGGAACGCACCGUUAAGGAAACGGCUAACGAUUAUAUGAAGUACACGCUGCUUUCGGCGCAUAGAGAACUGAAGCAACAAGGACAGCAUGAGGCGGUUAAUGUGACGUUGUGUCAUAUUUCAAGAAGUAGGGUUCCGAGCGAAAUUAUGAGUUACCUACCACAGGCAGCUAAUGGAAGAAAGUUUAUCCUGAGGGUUGCAAGUGUGGGAGAAAGCGUAGCAGUGCUGGUAAAGCACAAUCGAUGUGUAAAAUUGACCAAUGCGAAUCCUUGCAGACGAAUUGGACUAAGUGCUAACUAUCCGGUUACGGUGCCAGACCCAGAGGUUACUGAAGUUGUUCUAAGUGAUGCAGAUGAGUACCUGGUGAUAGGAAAUAAAAAACUGUGGGAGGUAAUAACGAUGGAAACGGUAGCCGAAGAAAUUCGUAAGGAGGAGAAUAUUUUGCUGGCUGCUAAACGAGUUCAGGAUAUCGCGCAAAGCUAUGGAGCUGAGGAGAACAUCAGUAUUAUUAUUGUGAAAUUCAACAAUCUGGGUACGGAUAUUGACUUUCUGAUGAGAGAACUGAGGCAGACCAUCAGAAAGAAACCGCAAGGAGCGGGGAGUAUUAUGUCGGGGUUUUGUAAGUGCGGAUGUUGUUGCGAAUCGAACAAUAGCUGUUGCCAUUCAGGAGCAUCGAGUACGUUUAUGAGACAUCCAUCGGGAAGAAGUGAUCGGUCAUCUCCGAGUGGUCAAAGCGAUCAGACAUCUGGUAGUGAAACUCAAAUAAAUGGAAUGAAACCGAGAUGUUUGGAAGUAAAUGGACUAAAUGCCAGAAAAACAAACACUUAUUUGACCAACGAACGAAGAAGUUUACGUGGAGGUGUUGUUAGAGCGGUCAGAGCGAGAAUUGAAGAAGAGAAAGAACGUGAAGUGGAAGAAUCUGAUUCUGCUAUGUCUGAGGAGCAGUUCAAAUGUUGGGAGUACAUGCUGGAACAGAACACUCAACUUCUGUUCGACAAAGAACUGAAUACAAUAUCCCGAGCUUUCACCAAACGGUGUGGGUCCAAUACUAAUCUAGCGCGACCGCAGAUGAAAUCCUUGUCAACAAGUUCGCCACAGCUAGCUCACGACAGUGAUAGUUGCUUUAACUCCUCCUUAAACGGUUAUAACACGAUGAAUCAUACCGUUCGAACCACACCGUUCCUCUCGAAGCAGUUUGGAAGUACACGUUCUUUCCAUCCAACAUCUUCGCAGAACUUUUUCAAACCCAUACGAUAUAACGCAGCUCGACCACAACCGAUAAACGCUGGACCGAAUGCUGCAUAUUUCGGCUCUCUUCAGCGAUUGAUGCCGUAUAAUUUGGAGUACGACUUCAACACCCUGCAGGAAAGGUAUGCAGCAAACAACGAAGGAAGCGCUCUGGAGCUGGAUGCCGUUGAUCCGGACGGAGGACGAAUGCAACAGUAUUGGGGAGUUGCAACUACAGAGUUGUGAGAUU